CCGGUCCGGGUAUGGCGUACAAGAUGUUACCUCACUACAAAAUGGUGGACAACAAACAAGAAGGUCCCAUUAUGCCUACAGAUUAAGCACAAAGAGAAAAUAUGGAAGUUUACAGGAAAAAGGAAGUGGUUCCUCUCCUGGAACGGGAGUUUACCUUUCAUCCUAUGAAUUCACAGAAAGAAUCAAAGACAUUUCAAGAUGAACAAGAAAAUGACGAGGUGGAGGAAAAAUUUGAAGAAGAGAUUCUGGCGAUGGAAAACAAAAAAUGGAGGGGCGUAUCUUUGGUUUGGCAGGAUGCUGUUUUACUAACACUGGACUUCCUACAGAUAUUUGCCCUGAUACAGUCUAUGGCACUUCGCUGGACUUAUUCAUCUGACUGGCUGGCAAAGGGAUAUUUUUUCUUCCUGUUCAAUCUAGAUGUCUGGGAGUUUAUAAAGCUGCAUGAGAAUGUCUGGAUUGAUGUGAAGAGCUACUACACUCCCAGUGACUCUGUUCCGUUGUCCUACUGGUAUAUUGCGGUUGGUUGGUUUUCAGGCAUAGCAGGCUUAGCCCUGCUGUUUGUGAUAUCCUACAUUUUCCUGAAAGUCCGUCAGCCAAGACGACUUGGAAACAAGUUAGCUUGGGUACGACGUAUAUUUUUCUACCUACUACAAGUUCUGACACUGCCUCUGGGGACAACCAUUGCCCACUUACUUCACUGUAACGAUGACAACAAGGUUGACGUGAUGAACGAUAUGGAGUGUUUUUCAGGCAUGCACUGGCUGUAUGUGACGUUUGGUGUUGUCUUCGCUGUUCUUCUCUUCAUUGUCUUCCCUGUAUACAUUGUUUUCAAGGUUCGCAGGGAAUCUGUCGGCUCGUGCAGCAAACAUCACGAGUCCUUUCUGCUUCUGAAGGAGUCCGAGUACAAAAUAGGGUUAAGUAAAGCCUGGUUGUACAGUGAUAUGUAUUUAUAUUCCUCGUACCGUUUCUGGGGUAUGUACCAUCGAGUGAUCAUACAGAUCGUCAAGAUGAUUUUGUUGAUUGUUUAUGUGGCAACAUUUAAGAACAUUGUUACUCAGGCCUGGACUCUUGCAGCUUUCCUUGCUAUUUUCUUUGUCCUUUUCGUCUUUAUCCGACCCUACAGAUUGAAAAGUUUUAACAUAAUGUUGGCAAUGAAUUACCUCCUCCUGAUGGGCCUGACACUGAUCGGAGCCAUGAAGACGGAGUUUAACGCCUACACACUGGACAACCCCUGGAUGACGCCUGGCUACAGUAUGUGGUUGGUGGCUGUUUGUAUGGGAUUCUGGGCCCUCACUUGGUUUGUGUUUUUUCUGCAUCUGUUAUUCUACAAGAUCCGUCAUUGCUGUAAUAGCAGCAAGCUUCCUCUGUGGCCAACCUUUACCAACUCCGAUGAAGAUUACAUAAGUCCAGAGUCUAGAAAGUUCCUCAAGACUUUCCUCAGAGCUCGAUUUAUUCUGGACAAAACAAAAGAGUCGCCUCCAAUAUUUGCCCAAGUUCACGACCUCGCACAACAGAUCAAGAUUCUGAAUGUUUAUUGCCGGGAGGCAGAGUACCUUGGUGACGCCCUCCAUGGUAUCAUGUGGGACUUGCUGGAUGAGAUGAUUGAUGUGCACUCUGACCUUUCACAGAAAUCUCUGUUUGCUGAGACAGUGAAGGAGUCCAUACGCUACACCUCCCAGGAAUUCCUCAAACUGAUGCCAUCCUUUACACAGAGACUGGCUCAGCGCGACUACGACUUCAUCCUUGUCAACCCGAUAAAGAAACGCAUGCUCCUCAAAAUGUACUGCAUGGGAUUAUUCCUGAAUGGCCGAAAGGAAACGGUGGUCAAAACUCAAAUAUUGACCAAGCCUGCACUGGACACAAUCUGGCAGGAAACUGACCAUAGAAGUGAUGUAGAAGAGGGAUACUACGAGGACCUGUUCCCAGACCCGUUGGAGAUUCAGUCCGAUUCCUCAGUUGACAUGUCCUUGGAAAGUGCAGAAUCAGAUGAUGAUGUCAGCUUCAGCAGAAUGUAUGGCCAGCUGCCCCAGGUAGAGACCCUCAAACCAGACUUCUUCAGACCAGUCAGUUCACCACGCCCAGGAUCCGCAUCUUCUGCAUCGCUCCGUCCAGGAUCAGCUUCAUCCAUGAACCGCCCUGGGUCAGCAUCGUCUCCUAUGCGUUCUGGGUCCAGUGGGUCCCUCCCCAGGUCAGCAGCCUCACUCCAACGUCCAUCAUCUGGGGCCUCUCUUGGAAGUCAAGGUCACAAUAAUCCAGGGUUCAUUCCAGAGGAGGAGGCCCUUCCAGGAUAUAUAGAGGCUGUGGAUGAUCGCCCUGCCAGUCGAGAGAGUGUCAGUGUCAUCGACAGUAACCAAACUGACUUGGGACCAGAAGGGAGUAAUGUACCGGAGUUGCUACAAGCUGCUGAUGCUGUGAUAGACAUGGAUACUCCAGUCAUACCUUCACAAGGAUCUCCAAGGAAGAAAAAACUAAAGAAAAGGAGUUCUAGGAACAAAAUGUCCGGCAGAAGAGAGUCUAAUGCCUGAACAUUUUGCUGUUGAAGAGAGGGAACUCACAAUUCAUUUUGUUUUGUGUUUUGGUGGGGGAACGGGGUAAAGAACAAAAGGAAGUAAAUAUUCAUAUACAUUUAAGAAGAGAAAUAAAUUAAAAUUUCAAAUUUAUCUUUUCAGUAACUAUUUAGAAGAUUUGAAAACUUUUAAGAAGAACAAAAUAUGGAUGUUUCUGAUUUAAUCUUUUCAGUAAUUAUUUGGAAUUCGAACAUUUUUUAGUGAAUUUUUCAGCAAAAUGAUUGUUAAUAUAUAUCCAGAAGUGAUAUGUGAUGAAAAAAACAUGAACCGUAAACACCAGUCAUAUUGCUUCAUAAGUUACCUAGUAGUGAACAACUAAUUUUACUCACCCUAAUAUGUUAUGAAUUUGAAUUUUUGAUUACACUUAGAAAGAUUUUUUUAAUUAUGAUAAUUAAUCUAUUGAUUGUAUGGAAUGUUUUAUACAAAUAUUAUGUAAAAGCUGUGAUAUUUAAUGACUUGUUGAUCAAUUUGUCAAUUAAUUGUUGAAAUAAUGAUAUUUUUAUAUGCUGUUUUGAUUUGUAUCUCUAGAAUCCAGUGCUUUAAUUAGUUUAUCAGAAAUACUAAUUAACACGUCCAGUAUAAUAUAUCACACUUGAUAUAUAGAAAUAUAUUCUCAAAUCUAAUGGCAUUUCAAUGAAAAUAGCUUUUUAGAGUUUAAAUUUGUAGUCAUUUAUCUUUUUGCUGUAAAAUUAGAUGACUUUCAUGUUUUGAUAAAUUUAAGAAUCAAAACUGUGGCAGAUGACUAUGGAUUCAAAUUUUGAAAACAUUUAUCGAAGUUGACAAAAACAUUAAAAUGAUGUGGUGUCUUACAGUUCUGAGAUUCAUUAUAUUUACAUUUGUGGCAGGUCCACCUGUAUUGAUUGUAUGGAGAUACAAGUAGUGUUUGUAAUCAGGUAGGUUAUGUCCCUUUGUAAGAUUUAGUUAUGUCCCUUGUAAGAUUUAGUUAUGUCCCUUUGUAAGAUUUAGUUAUGUCCCUUUGUAAGAUUUAGUUAUGUCCCUUAGUAAGAUUUGGUUAUGUCCCUUUGUAAGAUUUAGUUAUGUCCCUUUGUAAGAUUUGGUUAUUUCACUUUUUGAAAUUUAGUUACGUCCCUUUGUAAGAUUUAGUUAUGUCCCUUGUAAAAUUUAGUUACGUCCCUUUGUAAGAUUUAGUUAUGUCCCUUUGUAAGAUUUGGUUAUUUCACUUUUUGAAAUUUAGUUACGUCCCUUUGUAAGAUUUAGUUAUGUCCCUUUGUAAGAUUUAGUUAUGUCCCUUGUAAGAUUUAGUUACGUCCCUUUGUAAGAUUUAGUUAUGUCCCUUUGUAAGAUUUAGUUAUGUCCCUUUGUAAGAUUUGGUUAUGUCCCUUUGUAAGUCUUUGUAAGAUUUGGUUAUGUCCCUUUGUAAGAUUUGGUUAUGUCCCUUUGUACGAUUUGGUUAUGUCCCUUUGUAAGAUUUGGUUAUGUCCCUUUGUAAGAUUUGGUUAUGUCCUCUGUAAGUCUUUGUAAGAUUUGGUUAUGUCCCUUUGUAAGAUUUGGUUAUGCCCCUUUGUAAGAUUUAGUAAUGUGAACUUAUGCCUCUUCAUUUCCCCCCAAUCUUUGGGACGUUCCUGCAGAACUUGCAUGGAAAGUAUAAAACAUUGUAGGUAUUGGAAUCAAUAGUGAAAAAAAGGUGAAUGUUUCCUUUACAACAUUGCAGAGUGUUACACCAUCUGUUAUGGUGUAAUAUUGAGUAACUAAUAUCGCGCUACUAAUGCUAUGGUUAAAUUUUGAAAUGGAAAUGAUGACCAAUUUUACAAUGCGAAGUUUCCUAGCUGAAACAAACUCUGUAUUUGAGGAUAAAGUAUUUUUAUGUAGUUGGUAAUGAAAGCCUUUAAUACUACCGGUAAAUGCAGCCAUGUUGUAGUGAAUUUGUGAUGAAGACAGAAUAUGAAAACUUUCAGACCAAAAUCUUCAGUAAAUCAUAUAGCCUUUAAUUGUUCCGAUAUCCAAAUCCUGUCUUUCUUUGUUCUCCAGGCAGAUUGAUCAUCUGUACAAACUGGGGAUGUUUUAUAUGCUAAAAAUGUAGAAAUUGUUUUUUUGACAUAUUUUAAGUGUUUUUGAUUGUAGUGUUAGUAAUAUAAGUGAUAGACAUGUUUUAAUAUUUCAUCAUUUUUUAUUUCAAUGCUAAUUUCAUUCCGUCCCUUUGUUACUAGAAUCUGUCCAUUGUCAUGUUAAUAAUUUUGUUUGUAUAUAUCACUUUGUACUUAUAUUUUAUCACAUUAGAUGAGUAAUCAAGAGCUGGGUCUCAAUUAUAUUUAACAGCUGGAUCUGUAUCAUAAAAACUUUAAUGUAAAAGUGAGUUAUUUUAAUGUGUCUAUAUAAAAUUCCUGUUUAUAUCAUGGACCACUUUAAGAGGAAAUGUUAUAUUAAGUGAUAGUUGAUAUUAAGUGGGAUCAAACGAUAGGUAUAUCUACCUAUUCCAGAAAAAUACAAAUGAUCUACAGUAACUGUACAUGAAAUGGUCACAAAAUUAAAACAUUAUCUAUUUGUGAUGAAAUACAUGUCUUUUUGACAUUUGAUGAUAAUAAUCCGUCCAAAUGAAGUGAUAUUUUUAUUCUAGGAAUUAUACAAUUUGAAAUUUGGAUGCUAUUAAAAUUUCUUUCAAACUAUAA